AAGCGCAUUUUGCGAGGUGUGUAGUGAAAAAUAUUUUUGUGCUUUCGAUCUUCAGUUUCGGUUGAAACCCUUGUUCGAAUGGCGGUAAUUCGCGCGGAUCGGCUUGUUUCCAGGCGAUUUUGAGCAUGUGGGUCGAUUUUUGGGGGUUGAAUUGGUCAGGUGGGAGUUUUUUCGGAGCUCGCCGUGGCGGCCAUUAUUAAGUUUUAAGUAAGCUUGUCUCUCUUAUGGUUAUGGAGGGUGUUUUUUCCGUGUUUAUGUGAAUAUAAGCUCGAAUUGUUGUUUUCAGCACUGUUAAGUUGUGGAUCUGUUAAAAUUGGUGUCGAGCAGGAAAGUUUGGUGAUCAGGAGUGAAAGAAUGUGCGGAAAUUGAAAAGAGUUGCAGCAUUUUUAAGAUGAAGAGUUGAGAAAAGUCAUGGUGAAUUCAGGGUGUUUUAUUUAAUGGUUCGAAUUGAAGAAUCUGUGGAGUUGAUAGGGGAUUUUGGUUUAAAGCAAGUUAUUUAGCCACAUUUUUCUUAUGUGGAGUUUGCGGGGAGUUUAAGGUGGAGAUCAUGGUUUUUGGUAACAUUUGUGUUGCAGAUUGAAGAAGCUGUGGUGUUGAAGACUAAAUUAGGGCAAUAGUUCUCGAGAUUGAAGAAGCUGCCGAAUUGGAGUACAAAAAAAAAAAAGUUUAUUUCGUCCAGGUCAAAUAGCUGAGGAGCUGGAGACGCAAUUUAAGGUCAGAGUUGAACAGUAAAGAAUUUUCUUCGUCUACUCCGAAGAAUUAGCGGAGGCAGUGUCCAAAUUACCGUGGAAAUCAAGUGAUUUAGCAGCAUUUGCUACACGGGUUGUUAAGCAGCAAAAUAUGGCCGACAGGAAAUUUCUGGAAGGUUUGAGGCGGUGAAAGUUCAGGUGAGGAUUUCCUAAUUUGUGUAAACAAAUGGCGAUAGUGAAGCUUCUUCUUCGUCGAGGGAAAACUUGUGAAAUCUGGCUUUUCAGACGAGUAUUUCGCCCCGCUUAAAGUUGCCGGAGGAUUCUCUGGAAAAGUUGCGGGGAUCAAGAUUUUUCUGGUUAAAAAUAGCGGCGAAAUUUGGCUUUGUCGAGAGGCAUUUUUGUCCGCUUUUAGUAACUUUGUGGACUUUUUUUUGUCCGGUUAUGAGCGUAUGCUAAAUCAUUGAUUCAAAAGCCAGCCGGAGGUAAUAGCGGUUAAAUUACAAUGAUUUACACCUAGAUCUCCAGCAAUUAAGAAAUACCUGCUAAAAUUUCGUGAAUUGAAAGAGGUUUUUUGUUCCGCCGGAGUGUAAUUUGAUCCAGGUGCUCCGCAGUGAUUUUGGACUGAAAAUUAAAAAAAAUCUUGGUGGAGAAGUUAUUGAAGUGGCUAAAUUCCAGUGCCAGAGUCGGUGAAUUUCACUGUGAUUUUAUAGUAAAUUUGAAGAGAACUUAUCAAAUGCUGGAGUCUGUAGGGUGUACGCACAGGCCUUUAUCUCCCUGUGGCGAAGAAAGUGGAGAUGAAGAGCUUUCUGUGCUUCCAAGGCAUACAAAAGUUGUUGUGACGGGAAAUAACAGGACAAAGUCUGUUCUUGUUGGGCUUCAUGGCGUUGUGAAGAAGGCUGUGGGUCUGGGUGGCUGGCAUUGGCUGGUUUUGAAGAAUGGGGUAGAAGUAAAGCUGCAGCGGAAUGCACUGAGCGUAGUUGAAGCUCCAACUGGGCAUGAAGAAGAAGAUGAAAUUGAUUGUGAAAAUCCGUUCUGGAGUAGCUCGGAUUUGGCUUCUGAGGAGUUUCAAAAACCUUGCAAACCUAGAGUGCGUCCUCAUAAGUCUACUACAUCAAUAUCGAAAGCUGCCAGCAGAAAUAAUGCCAGUGACUUGCAUACUGCAGAUUCAAAACCCCCUUCGCAUGGAAUGCCGAAGGUUAACCUUGGUAAACUGGAAACAGCUGCCUUGUGGAGAUAUUGGAGGCACUUUAACCUUGUUGAAGUAGGGCCCAACCCUUCAAAGGAGCAAUUAGUCCAUGCCGUGGAGAGGCACUUCAUAUCACAGCAAUUGGAUGAGUUGCAGGUGAUCGCUGGAUUUGUGCAAGCUGCAAAGCGACUAAAGACAGUUUGUGGUUAGGUCCAAGCCUAGAAGAACGGGAGAUUUCGAGGGUACUUUUUGGUGAUGUUCCCAGGAAGAAUUGAUCUGUACCAUAUGUACUUCAAUUGACGCUAACUUUUGAAUAACCUCAUGUUAGUUCUCACUGCUUGUGCGAUGACAGUAGGUGUAGGUGUAGGGGUAGGUGUAGAUGAAGGUAUAGGCGUGAAUUAGUGAUGUAGUUUUUAGAACUUUAUGUCAGUCACUUCCUCCCAUGCUUCUAUAGCUCUGGAGGUAUGAAUAUAUUCCAGACAUUCCAUCUUAUAGUACUACAGACCUUCAUAGAAGAUAAACGUUGUGAUAUUUUUGAAUGGCUCCAAGUAGUCAUUUUAAUAGUUGAAUGUACAAAGCGUGUGGAUCGGUGGGUGUAUUUCAAUACCUUAAUCUGAAUCUAUAUGCCUAUGCUUUUGUUGUAGGAAAUACAUAAGCUGUUGUCACGUUUAAAUUUA